GUCGUCUUCACCUCCUACGAGUGUCUCUUCGGCGCGAGUCUUUAAGUGUUGACUCGUGCGGCGUGGUUCAUUCUCUGAAGCCCAGCUGGGUAAUACGUUACCUCGUAGGUAAAAUAUAAAAAGGAAGCCACCAUUAACAGUUGUACAACAUGGAGGAGGUGUGCCCGGCUGUUCAAGAACCUCUGGAUGUGGGGUGCAAAUGUGAAGAGGGACUGUCAGAACAGAUGUGUGAUGAAAAGGAAGAGAAGAGUCCUGCACUGACCAGGGUGCCCCUUUGUAACAUGGAGAAAAGAAGUGUGGAUGUUAAAAAAGAGGAGAGUGAGUGGGAAUCUACGUACCUUCACCAAGAGAGUGUCAGCAUUAAGACGGGGGAGUGUGAAUCUGAGUCAACUCUGAACACCAACAUGCCAAAACAUGAACUGGUUAACAGUGUCAAAGAAGAAGACGACGGUGACACAAAAUCAGAAACUGACACACUGCGCAGUUGUCCAGAUGAAGAAGCUCCUGGUCUAGGCUUCAUGCUUAGUAGUCCGUACUCCCUGCAGGAUCCUUCUGUUCAUGUAAAGUGUGAACCUUUGGAAUCUGACAUGAAGACGUCUGCAAAAGCAUCUGAUUCAAGACAUUCAGAAAGAGUUGAAGAGGUGAAAGUCAGGACUGGGUCACUAGAACCUCAGUGCUCCAGACCACCUAAACCGAAGCCUAGUGGAAGCCGCGAGAAAUCGCUUGGAUCAGAGCAACGCUGGCCCUUGAACAACAUGCAGGUUCUGAGAAAACGUGCUGUUCCACCAUUUAGCAAGGCUAGUUUACGCAAUGUUUCUGCGAGCUCACAUGUGCGCUUCUCUGCCCGGGAUCAACUGAGCCUACAGUCUAUGAACAGCAGUGAUGAAGGGGUCUUUGACACAUCCGACUCGGCCACAGGAGACUCGCCUAUCACUGUAGUGGGGUGUUCCAGUUUACUGCCUCCUGACUCACAACUGACAUCCAGUGAAGGGCAAAGUGCUUCUUUAGCAGCGCCAAGUAUAGAAAACAUCCACAACAAGAAAGCACCAAAAAGAGAGGCCUUGGAUGAUGACACUGAGCUACUAAAGCUGCCUAUUCUGAAGGAGAAGUCGGCCAUCGUGCUGGCUCAAUUAAAACCGCGUCAUGAUUCGGACUCUUUGUUUGGCCAACUGGUUGCUACUGAACUCCAGCAAAUCAGAAGCCUCAUUUUGAGAACAAGGGCCAAGAAAAGAAUAAUGACACUCUUGUAUGAAUUUCAGGAGAGAGAAUGGCAUGAUGAAAAUGCCGUGAGACGCAUUUCAGAACACCAUGUCAGUUUUCAGACAAGGCCGGAGUCAGCCCUGGCUAACGUACAGCACCUUAGCACACACCCUGAUCUAACCUUCACGCAAGUGCCACACGGCUCGGAGCCACGUGUGUAAUGCAAGUACUGUACUGUACUUAUAAUAUUGCACGUUAUACAUGCACUACUGAUUUGGUUUCAAUCUUUAUUUUACUUUAUAAGUAAGAAUUAUAUGUUCAGAAAUGUGUUUUGGUUGAAAACAAUGCCUGUUUUGCAAUUCUUCAGCAAUGUGAAUAAGAUGUUCAUAUUAUUUGGUUUGACAAUAAAUGUGAGAUGUUUAUGA